GGGCUUGACCUGACGCAGUCCUCUCUUUCUCUCUCUCGCUCUCUCCCCUCUCCUCUUCACGCUACACCGCUAGUCGGUCGUACCCCUCUCCCUUCCAACCGAUCCCAACUCGAGUGGGAUCCAUGAGUCUUUCUUUCUCUCUCCCUCUCUCUCUCUCUCUCUGUCUCUGUUCGGCGUAUGCGCGGACGAAGCGUCUGGAGUGUAUAUCGUUCUCGCUUUAACUCGGCCGUAUUCGGUGUUAGUCGGUCGAGCUCGAUGUUACUCGGUUAAAAUCGGUCGGUCUCGGUCGGGUUCCUCUUUACACGCGACUCCGCUUCGGCAGCUCCCUCUCUAAUUCUAUCUCUCUCUCUCCAUCUUUGUCACUCUUUCUCUCUCUCUCUUUUUCUGUCUGUCGUUAAUGCAGGCAUGCGCAUGCGCGAGAGUCGUGUUCCGUCUCCUCUCGAUGCCACCUAACCCCACUUACGAUCGGUACGUCCCUGUCUCCUCUCGCGACCCCACCUACCAGCGACACGAAAACUCUAACUCUCCCCCCUCCUCACGCUCCCCCCCUCUCGCCCCUUCCCUCUCCACUCCCCCGGCCCCAUCCAUUGCUGGGUAAUACCCCUCUUUCCCCGUACGUCUCCAUGAUUCCACCGCCUUGCCUGCCUGCCUGCCUGCCUGCCAGCCUGUGCCGUCCGUCCUUACGUCCGUCCGUCCGCCGCGUUUGGAUCUAUGCUUGUGUCGGUGGAUUUCGUGACGUUAACCUGGCGGCCCUGAAAACGUCGUCGUUCGGACCGACCGUGCGUUUUCGACUGCCCUUAACGACGUCGUGUGCCCCCGUCGGUGAUAUACGCGCGGAUUGUAAGUGAAACGCGGAGUGUGCUCAGUUUCUUUUUUUUUUCCCCUUUUUUGAGUUCUUUCAUCAUCGUCGUUGCCGUCGCCGUCGUCUUCCUCGUCGUUCAUCGUCGUUCAUCGUCAUCAUUUGUCGUCUUCGUUUGUGUCUUCUUUAUUAGCUAGCGUCAUUGUCGUCCUCAUCAUCAUCAUCAUCAUCAUCCUCGUCGUCGUCGUCGUCGUCGUAGUGUAAUAGUCGUCAAUUUGUACACGCAUAUGCGGUAGUGGCCAAUCGACAAACUGGAGAUAUAUAUUAUACAGAAGAAAUGGUUUAAGAGGAAAUCAUUGGAGGUGGUGGUGGUGGCGGCGACGGUGGAAGAAUUACAGCACACAAGGAAUACUAGAAGAAGAAGAUAGAACAAUGUUACGAGUAAUAAUAGUAGUAGCAUUAGUGUCGAUGAUGAUGACGAUGACAAUGGUCAUUAAUACGUGACACACAGUGCCGGCUCUCGCGUGUGGGUGUGCCCGUGGGUUAAAGUGUGCAACCGUGUAUCAGUGAGGAGAGCAUAUAUAUAUAUAUAUAUAUAUAUAUAUAUAAAAGAAAUAUAUAUAUAUAUAUAUAAAGGAAAGGCAGAGAAGAAAAAAAAAGGAGAGUGUGAAUGGACUUAUUACUAGUGAAGAGUGAAACAAACGACGAAAAGGAAGUAUAAUUGUCGAAGAAGAAAAGAAGAAAAAAAAAAGAAGAAAAAAGUUACAAUAAUAAUAAUAAUAAUAAUAAUAAUAAUAAUAAUAAUAAUAAUAAUAAUAAUAAUAAUAAUAAAAUAAUAAUAAUAAAAGUAAAAUAAUUACGACCGAAGAAAAAGGGUUAGUUCGAUGUGAAAUAAAGUUGUAUAGUAAAGGACGUGUUUUGUAGGUUGGUAAUGCAAUGGAGUAACGUGUGCGGGUUUUAAAAAGUGGAAGAUCGACAGAAAAAGGGAAAGAAAAAAAAAAAAAGAAGGGUGAAAAAAAAUUAGAAAAGGGGGAGGAAGAAGAAGAAAAAAAAUAGAAAAGAAAUCUUUCGUACCUUCUUCUUCUUCUUUUUCUUUUUCUUCCUCUUCUUCUUCGUUUUGUGCAUCGUCAUAUAAUAGGUAUUUGGGGGGGGGGUGGGAGGGUGUAAAUGUACAUAUGUAUAAUACGUGCGCGUAUAAUAAGUGCGUGAUCGCGCGCGUACACGUACAUAAUUUUCACUCGAGACUUAAACGGUGAAUUUAUUAUUAUAAAAAUUCGCCCAAAGAGAUUCCAAACGUCGACAAUCGUUCUGGAGAAAUUCGAGGAGAAGAUCCGGGCGGCCUGCCUUCGACAGCUGACGUCAUUACCGUACACAAUGCGCUAGGGGUGAUGGAGACAGUGGGCAAACAGGUCCAGGUAGUGAGUGGACUGGGGGUGGGGGGCCCAGUGGGCCCGGUCGGCCCAGUGGGGGGAGACCUGCACCACCAUCACCAUCCUCACCCCCAUUCGCAUCCACCGCACCCGCACUCCCACCCCCACGGUCAUCCCCAUGGGAGUCACGGGCAUUCUCUCGUUGGCGCUACGUCGACGGGCCCUGGUAGGGCUCAGGCUCAGCCAGCGGUUUCCCAUAACCAACAUUUGCCAUCGAGAUCCACUCCCGUACAAAUGCACAGGCCGACGCAGAAUUACGUGAACAUCAAGAGCAGCAGUAGUCCAGUAUCACCGAGGACGGCCGGUGCAGGAACAACGUAUGUCCAAGGCGGUGCAGCAGCAGCAUCGUCGGCGGCUGCUGCGACGGGAGGAAGCGGUGCCACGAAUUCAGUAGCUCCGUCAGGUCCAUCGAAUAGCAGCAAUAGCAGCGGAGCCGGGGUUGGCGUUGGUGUCGGCGUCGGCGUUGGCGGCGUCGGCGUUGGGAACGUCGGCGUCGGUGUCGUUAACGUUGGCGGCGGUGGUGGUGUCGGUGGCGGUGGUGGCAGCACCGUCAGCGCAGGAGUGGGAGGAGUGAGCGUGGUAGCGCCGCCUGUGGUUGGAAGUGGAAACAACGGAAAUGGCGGCAACUGUACGGGAGGUGUCGGCGGUGGAGGUGGAGGAGGAGGAGGAGGAGGCGCUGGAGUUGUUGUUGGUGGUGGUGGUGUUGUUAACAGCAGCAACAACGGUGGAAAUGUCAGUGGUGGCGGGAAUGGUGGAUCAGGGUCCAGCGGAAAUCCAAAUGGUAGUGGCGGCGGCGGCGGCGGUGGCGGUGGUGGUGGCGGUGUUGUUGGUGGCGGAGCUGGUGGCGGUGGCGGCGGCGGUGGUGGUGCCGGUGGUGGCGGUGCACCAACGGGUUACGUCGCUGUACCAAUGCCAGGUGGUUUACGAUACAUCCAUCCUUAUCCGCAAACAUCAUCUACGGUAUCCUCUGGCUCGGGAUCAUCAGUUUCAGCUAUUUCAGCAGCCAUAGCUGCAGUGGCCGCUAACUCGACCUCAGCAGUGACCGCCGCAGCUGCCGUUGCUGCCGUGGUUGCUGCCGCUGCUGGAUCUGUACCGCCCACCUCUGUACCCGCCACUGCAUCUCCCGCUAGCAUUAGCCAAACACCACCACCGCCUCCUACGGGAACCGGAUACGUUUCCAGGGACGCCUAUCGCGGCGCCACUAUAAACGUAAACGAGAGGAUUGCUAUAAGCGUGAGCAGUAGUCCAUUAUCACAAGUUGGAAUCAAUGUUGGUGUAGUUGCUGCCGAAUAUGGUGCCGCGGGUGGUAGUAUAAAUAGCGGUAUGGGAAGUGGUAGAGGAGAAAGACCAAGGAUGUCCCUGUUGUCAUCGGCAUCGGUUGCACCCGCACCAUCGCCAACUGCAUCGGAUUAUCAACACAUGCCAGGUGCGAGGAAUCCAAGAGUAGGCCUUAUACCUGUCCAAUCGGAUCAGUAUUGUAGCCGUACUGCCGUUGAGAUGGCAACGUUACAAGAGGCGCCGCCAUUUAAAAAAAUACGCCUUGGCCCACCAACACAGGUUCAAAUACAAUCGCAAUCUCAGUCACGAUGUCAGAGUCUUCCACCGGCUGAUGCUUGCAUCAAACAGGAACAUAUAGUACCCUUGCAACAACCAUUAAGGAUAGACACUAGGGGGCAGCCUGCUACAGGUGCAUAUACACCACAAACAGAGGCAAUCUCACCAACGCUUCCAGAGCCCAAUACGCAAGAGGAUGCACAGUUCCGUAGUACCAAGGACGAUCUUUUACAGCAGAUCGGUAAAGUCGAUAGGGAGAUUGCAAAGAGGGAAUCACAGAUAAGUAAGCUUCGGAAAAAGCUUAAGGAAUUGGAGGAAACGGCUAAUAAACCUUUGGAGGCCAGUGGUCUUAAGCGACAAAUCGAAGAACAGUCGCAACAACCAAAGCAUCAGUCAUUGGCGCAAAAAAUUUAUGCCGAGAAUAGAAGAAAAGCGGAAGAAGCGCAUAGACUUUUAGAAAGAUUGGGUCCUAAGGUGGAGCUGCCAUUAUAUAAUCAGCCAUCAGAUACCAGUGUAUAUCAAGAAAAUCGUACGAGGCAUCAAACUUGUAUGAGGGCGAAAUUAAUAGCAAGAUUACGAAGGGAGCAUGCUGAAAGAGCGUCCCUUCAUAGGCAGCAGUCUCAAUCUUAUGCGAUUCUCGUUCAGGAAUGGCAUCGUAAGGUUGAACGGUUAGAAGCAACCCAAAAGAGAAAAUCGAAAGAAGCGAAGAACCGUGAAUUUUUCGAAAAGGUAUUCCCUGAAUUGAGAAAGCAAAGAGAAGACAAGGAACGUUUUAACAGGGUUGGCGCACGUAUUAAGAGCGAAGCCGAUCUUGAAGAAAUAAUGGAUGGUCUUCAAGAGCAAGAGAUGGAAGACAAGAAGAUGCGUUCGUACGCGGUCAUACCACCUCUACUUUUGGAUACUAAACAACGAAGGAUCGCAUUUCAAAAUCGUAAUGGUUUACUCCAAUUAGAAGAAUUGGAAGCUUUACAUAGUGAAAGAAAAUUGAUAAACGUUUGGAGUUCUGUAGAGCAUGAACUGUUCAAAGAAAAGUACUUGCAGCAUCCGAAAAAUUUCGGUGCGAUAGCUCAAUCCUUAGAGCACAAGUCCGUUCCAGAUUGUGUACAUCACUACUACCUCACUAAGAAAGCUGAAAAUUAUAAACGGUUGCUACGGAGAUCUAGACAAAGGACACGCAGUUCCCGUAAUAAUCCUAAUAAUAAGGUUAAUAAUAGUAAUUCUACUAUUGGACCUAUCGACAUAUUGACAACGGGAGUUACCACAAGGCUGCAACGUGAGCAGCAACAAAAGACGCAGGAAAAUCCUCAGAAUAAUAAUACGACAGGUGCGUCGUCUACGACUACGACGACGACGACGACGACGACGACGACGACAACAACAACAACUACAACAAUAACAACAACAGCAACAACGUCUACGACAACAAUGACGACGACGUCAUCUUCGACGUCUAGUAUAUCGACUGGUACAACGACGUCGUCGUCGUCGACGAAUACUACGUCGUCGUCAUCGUUGUCGUCGUCGUCGUCUUCGACGGCGGCAACGACAACAGCGGCGGCGGCGGCGGCAGCGGCGGCGGCAGCAGCAGCAGCAGCAGCGGCAGCAGCGGCGACAACGUCGACGACGACGACGACAGGUGCGGGUCAGAGUUCAGUGACCCUGAAUACGAAUAUGUCUACCGAUUCUAUAACGGCAGUAACGACAACGUUAACCACUGCAGCGACGACAACGACAUCGACAGCGACUACGUCAACGACGACAUCGUUAAAUUCAAUCCUCAUGUCGAUUUUUUCAUCCUCGUCAUCGACGACAUCGGCCAGUACAAAGGAUACAAAAGAUAAUGGCAAAGAGAACAAAGAGAACAAAGGAGACAACAAGGAUUUACAUGUCCUUAAAAUGGAGAUAAAAGAAGAAUCACAAUCUAGUUCGGAAACACCAUCGAAUAAGGAUGUCAAAGUCAUAAUGGAAGGUAAAAACACGUUGUCGUCGUCGUCAUCGUCCUCAUUGAACGUCAACACCGCUAAUGUACCUGGCAUGCAGACCGAAUUCAAGGAUACGGGUAAAAAGAAAACGAGUUGUAGUAGAGAGACCACCGGUGGUACAGGUGGUGGUGUCAUUGGUGGUGGUAAUAACGCGGCAGCUACUAGUAGGAUUAAAGAUAAGAAGAAAGAAAAUCAUGCCACCCCAAUGGAGACUAGUGACGAAGAGGCACAGUCCAUUGAUACCAUUGAAGGUGGCAGACAAAUUGGACCUCAUGCCUGUGCAAUUUGUCAGAAUGUGGUAGAGGGAAAUGCUCAGAGUCGUGCAUUACCACGCAGUCAAGCAUCCCAAUAUGGUUUAAGGGAGGAUCAAGUAGCACCAGGGGCACGAGUUUGCAACACCUGCAGGUGCAAAGCCGUACGAGGACGUUACACAGCCUGUCCCCUACCGGGUUGUCCUAAUCUCAAUAAUACCAGUUCCAAGACACGAGUGAAACGAUUACGUGCACUACCAGCCAAAUGGCUAGAUUUGCCAUCUGAAAUUAGAGAACCCAUUAUUCAAGAAUUUCAAAUACCCAACAGUGCUACCAAGUGUUGUUCGGCCUGUUUCAAUCGGAUAUCACGACGUUUGGCGCCGCAUUUGGCAGGUGGUACGGAAAUCUCCGAAGACGGGACCGAUUCGUUGGCAAGACAAUGGACGGAUGAGGAAUUGGAUCAAUUGAAGAGAGCUUUACGCGAACACGGUACUAAUUGGCCAAAGGUGGCCGAACUAAUCCCUGGAAAGACGAAUCAUCAAUGCAAAAAUUAUUAUUUUGCGUAUCGGAAAAAGUUGAGCUUGGAUCAGGUUGUAGCCGAAUAUUAUCAAUCAUUGGGCGAAGAACGAAGACCAUGUUUGACCGAUGAGGAAGAAAGUGGUAGCAGUACGAGUAGUUGCGAUGAAUUAGCCGUACAUGAUUCAAGUGACACGGCAAGUGCUGGUAGUCCGGCUAAUAAUAUAUCAGGCAAUACAACCGCACAAACAACAUCCUCGGCAUCAACCUCAUUACCGAUAGCCUUUACAAGAACAACGGAUUCAAAAAUUAGUGACAAACUCGCAGAUAUAGCAGUUGUUUCUUUGGUACCACCAGUUAGCAUUGGAUCAUCUCAACAACAAUCCUCGAUCAGUGGUGGUGGUGGUAAUGGUACUAUCGUAUCGGCGGGCAAUAGAGAAGAUUACGAUAGUUCUGCCACGGAGACGGCGGACGAAGGUCAGGGAGGUGCUGAUUUGGACAAUAACAGUGUUGUAGUGACACUUACUACUGCCAGCAAUGCCAAUUCUUCAUUGCAAGAACAUCCGCAGGCACCACCCGUCGUCCAUUCGCCACCUUCAACUACGAGUAACAAUCCAUUAACUGUGAAAGAUCUCAUGUUAGGCGUCAUUGAGAUGCAAUUAAAACGAAAUCCCAAUAGUCCAGCCGGUACUGGCGGUUUAUCCGUACCCGUUAAUUCCGGUACACCAACGAUAUCGAGCAUAUUAAAAACGGAUCAUCGGAAUGACAUUACCUUUGUACGCGAAUACAAGCCAUCGUCGAGUAUCGCAAGUACUGCCAUGUCGAACAGAGACUCUAAUUUAGCGACACUUUCCGUUGUUUCGAGUCAUCACAGUCAUCGUUCAGCACCCAGUCCUCAACAAAUCAGUCAAAUGCAAGCAACUAUUACUCCUUGUCCUCCAACGACGCUUAGUAAUCAAAGUUCAUCGUCAGAUAUGUUACCUAAGGAAGGCCUAGUCGUGAUGCAGGUACAACAGGCAUUACGUGAGACCGAAGGUACUCUAGAUUUGAGUAUUAAAAAGCCAAGACAACAGCAAGAAUAUAAUCACUCGAUGCAAUCUAUUCACAAACCAUCUACGGUAACUCUUUAUCGUUCUGAACCACCACCGGGUGCUUAUUAUCAUCCUCAUGCUCAUCCCGAACAAGGACGCGGAGCUAAGAGCCCAUUGAUUUAUGCUUCGUCGCCAAGACCUCAAGCUCCAUUAACACCGAAGAUGAAUAAAGUAUCUGUACCGCCGCCUCAUCCGAAAUUGUCACCAAAGUUAAGUAGCAUCGGUACGGCCACUCACAAAGGUGGAUCCAUAACUCACGGUACACCAGUUUCGAGUGCUCGUUACGAAGGUUUGCUCAGACAAAUGACACCACCUGGUAAUCCAAGUAGCGGCGUCGGUACUACGAGCGGACCUACCGUUGGUAGUUCGGUAAAUACAUCGGGAAAUCAAGGUCCGAAAGAACCUGGCUCAAUAACCCAGGGUACGCCUGUUCAUCCAUUCACUGUAGAAAAACGUCCGCCUAUGUAUGACUACCGUACAAUUCGACACUCACCCGUAACGACUGGUAACGUUCCUGGACAAGGUCAAGGCCAAUCGGUUACAGCCGCUGUAGUGGUCACUCAUAGCAAUCAAUAUAAUUCGUAUUCGAAUCGACCACCGCCUAGCUACACGAUGGAACAACAAUUGUCCUCGAGACAGAUUAUAAUGAACGAUUAUAUAACUAGCCAACAAAUGCACGCUCGUAGCCGUGGCAGCGGUGGUACCUCGGAAACCGCUCCUAAAAAUGAAGCACCCUCGACCCUUUAUUAUACCGGUACUCCACCACCUCAAACGCACACACAACCUCGCCAAGGAGUUAUACAAAGGCAUAAUCCGCAAAAACAAAUGCAUUAUCCACCUCCGCCACCAGGAUUAGAGGCCUUCUCCAGUCUGGUAGAUGUCGCGGUGCAACAACCGAGUCUUCCAGUUCCUCAUCCCCACAGUCACCCUGCCUCAAGCAGUGGUGGCCACGAAGGAUUAGGAAAAACGAUGGCGGAUAGAUUGCUAGCCGACCGUUACGUAGAUAACAAUAGAGCGUUCCGCGAGCAAGAGAUACGUUUGCAAGAACACCGUUUGGCUAUGCAACAGCAACAGGCUGAACAUAGAAUGGUCGUUGCACAUCAUCAUCAGCGUGACAGAGAAAGAGAACGUGAUUUGGUACAUUUGCGCGAGAAGGAAGAGCAUAGGUUGCAAAGGGAAAAGGAGUAUCAACAAUUGGAACAUCGUUUGGCUGUUCAGCAACAUCAUCAGCGUGAGAAAGAGAUUCAACAGCAGGAACACCGUUUGGCACAGCAACGAGAGAAGGACAUACAGCACGUUGAUCAUAGACUUUCGGCACAACAAAGGGAGAAAGAGAUACAACAUGCAGAGCAUCGUAUAACGGUUCAUCAGCAAAGAGAGAAGGAGAUUCAUCAGCAGAUGGCAGCGGCUGCGGCUCAACGAGAGAAAGAGCAUCAGGAACAUCGUCUUAAUGUGCAGCAACGAGAAAAGGAGAUACAACAACAGCAAGAGCAAAGGCUCGCGAUGCAGCAACAACGAGAGAAGGAAAUUCAACAGCAACAGCAACAACACGCGGAACAUCGCUUAGCUAUGCAACAACAAAGAGAACGAGAUUUGGCUCAUUUGCAUCAGCAACAGCAACAGCAGCAACAUAUACAACAGCACAUUCAACAACAGCACCGCAUGGAAGCCGAGAGACGGCAUAUGGCGCAAUUGUAUCGCGACCAACAGCAACAGCAACAACAGCAAUUGGACAGAGAAUCCUCGAGAUUACUAAGCAGUGGAUUUUCUCAAUCUUCGAGACUUCAACAACCACAGCAACCGCAGGCCCAACAACAGUCGCAAUCGUCGUCUCGUCAAAAUCAAUCUUCGAGUCAGCAGCAAAAUGAAACCUCGUCAACUUUGACAGCAGCUAGCUUGAUAGAUGCCAUUAUAACACAUCAGAUUAAUCAAAGCGUAGAAAACGCUGGAGGUAGUGCAGCAUCGAAUAAUCAACCUACGCGACCAGGCGAUCGACUGUUCCAAGAAUUCCAUUUGGACACACCGGCAGAACCUAAUGGUAUGGUACACAGUCCAGCCGGAGAAGGAAGAGGUAACAGUGGAGCAGGUGGUGGGAGUGGCAAUGGUAGUGGAAACAAGGCUAUUACUCUAGGGGAACACGUCGAUCACAUUGUAACUAAGGAUUAUGGGCCUCCCCAUUCGUCGUAUAGAUCUUAUACCGGAUAUCAGAUUUCGGAGGAACAAUGGAAAAGGCGGAAAGGAAACGAAGCGGACUCUGUGAAGGCCAGUGACGACCGACAGAUAAUCCGAGUUGCUCAACAACAGUCGCAGCAGCAACAGCAACAGCAACAACAGCAACAGCAGCAACAACAACAACAACAACAACAGCAGCAGCAGCAGCAGCAACAUCAGCAAUCCUCAUCCUCGGUUGGGAAACAACAGUUCCAUUCCGUCGAACCGGUAUCUCCUCCAGAAGCUAACACUAAUCAUUACGGGCGUCGCUUCUACGAAACGAGCACUGCCACCUCGACUUCCGGGACACCCUCUAACAAGCCACAUCUAUCACCACUGGAUUAUGUUAAGAAUAAAAUCGUAGAGGUUAUGCGUACGUCCGAAGAUGAUAAAGCUGGAUCAGCAGGAGGAGGAGGAGGAGUAGGAGGAGGAGGAGGAGGAGAAAGAGAAAGAAACGGAGGAGGAAGUGGUGCCAGUUCGGGUGGUGCCGUUGUUGCUGCUGGAGGUUCCACCGUUGGUAGUGGUGGCGGUGGUGGUGGCGGUGGUGGUGGUGGUACUGGUGGUAUAGUAGUAGGUGGUACUCCUGGAGGAGGUGUUAAUACCGGCGCUGCUGGUGGUGGUGGUAGUAACAGUGGUAAUAGUGCCAGUGGUAGUGUCGUUACUGGUAAUAACCCUGGUUCUGGUCCUGGUAAUUCAUCGUCCGUUGAAAAAGAUGAAAAAUCAAAUAUGAACGUCGAUAGUCCCGUUAACAGCGAAAUGAUUGUCGACGAUACAUCCAAACAAGCUCAACAACAAUCUGCUAACCAAGCUACCCCAGCUCCACCAGCUCCCACUACUACUUUUUAUCCGUUCAGUGCACUAGGUGUACACACAGGACCACCUCCGGCGCCUCCACCUCCCACCUCGGUAUCAGCUGCCGUUUCUAAAUCCGAACAGAUGCAACCGGAACCAGCACCUUUGCUUUCCGCUCAAUACGAGCCAUUAUCGGACGAGGAUUGAUAGUCUGUUGAUCCUUUAAUUAAGGGCAAGUCGAAGCGCCAUGACGCGUUUAUUAGGAUAUUUCAACAGUGUCGUACGUUUCGACGAGUACGAAUUGGAUAGUAAAAAAAGAAACAGGUGUUGAUAACUGAGAUAUAUAUAUAUAUAUAUAUAUAUAUAUAUAUAUAUAUAUAUUAUAAAUAAAUGAAUAAAUAAAUAUAUAUAUAUACACACACACAUUGUCGGACGAUAGACGUUACGUCUUUUUCUUCUUAAUUUUUUAUUUGUUUCUUUCCUUAUCUUUUUUUUUUUCCUUUUUUUUCUCUCCUUUUAAAUCUACUUCCAUUCUCAAAAUCACGCGUGAUAUGUCUCAUUCAAUGACUAUCCUUCUUUUUGUUUUCACUUCUUAUUUCCCCCCCCUCUCUUUCUUCCUGUCUUGAUUUUUAUCUUCAUUUCACCUAAUCUUAAUUUUUUCAUUCUUCUUCUUCUUCUUCUUCUUCUUUCAUUCAUUCUUUCUUUAUUUUUUCCUUUUUUAAAUACGCAUCUCAAAUGUGUAUACUUUGUAGUGAAAUGACAAAUCCAGGGGCGCCUUUUAAAUCUGGGUAAGAAACUCUCAGACGUGUCAUUUUUUAUAAAUUCUAUUAAGUUGUAUUAUUGUAAUUUCUUUUUUUUUUUUUUUUUUUUUUUUUUUUCUUUUAAUU